GUGCUGGCAACGGUAUCCAUGAUCAUGGUAACAAUAUGUGCCUUGACUACCAACAGUACUGUCUUCGUUGGCUUUUACUUCGCUGAUCCCAAAAAUUGGCUCACUGCCGGUUUUUUCAAAAACGGCAUUUCUGGUGUACUAAAAGGCGCAUCGAUUUAUUUGUGCGCAUACAUCGGUAUCGAGACACUCAGUUUUCUGUUGGAAGAGACAAAAAGUCCACGGAAGCGGUUGCCUUGUAUUGUGCCGUUGCUCGUAUUUGCAUUCACAAUAAUCAUGUUUUUUUCAAAUAUGAUAUUCACGUUAGUGGGUGAUGUAUCAAAAUAUCCGUCCGAUAUGCUUGUGCCAGACAUGUUCGACACGCUUAGGAUACCAUCUGCUAAGUACGUGAUGACAGUGGGUUCUGUGUGUGGACUGUCGGGAACGAUGCUAGCAAUAUUUGUGCCAGCCACAAGGCUAUUAUCAUCGAUGAGUUCAGACAGCUUACUUCCACUCAGCCUGCUUGCUCACACCAGUAAAAAGCGAGGAGUACCAUACCAUGCAGUACUGCUUUGCGCAAUCCUGACGUCUUCAAUGAUCAUUCUUGAAAGCUCCUCACUUUUGAAUAUAAUUGCUUUUACUACGCCACUAAGAUCAAUAUUGCUGGGAUGCUUGGUUUAUGACCAGCGCUACCGACCAAAUACAGUGGGACUAUUGAGAGAAACAGCGCCUUAUCGCAAUAUGCAUCACAAGCAGUACAAAAUGCAAUCGGUUGCGAGCUACAGCGAUGACAAAGAUUCCAGUUCGGCCACUAUUUCCAGGUUAUUUAUUAUCAGUUAA